AUGCAGCUCUCUGACUGGUGGAUGCAGUCGGCCUACCUGGACUCUCGAAUGCCUGUGGCAAUGUACACAAGCCCAGGGGUCGUUUUACCCAAAAUGCACUUCCAAGACCGUCAGGGACAAAUGAGGUUUGCUGCUAAACUUAUUGCUGGGGUUUUGGAUUUCAAAAGCAUGAUUGAUAGUGAAACAUUGCCUGUGGAAUAUCUGGGUGGCAAGCCUUUGUGCAUGGACCAGUAUUACCAGGUGCUGACUUCUUGUCGGAUCCCUGGACCCAAGAGAGACGUCGUGAUGAACUACGCUAUUGGAAAGACCCCUCCUUCCCACAUCACAGUGGUCCACAACUUUCAGUUCUUUGUUCUGGAUGUGUACAACAGCGAUGGUUCACCACUGACUGUAGAUCAGAUCUAUGUUCAGCUGGAGAAGAUCUGGAACUCUUCCCUUCAGACCAAUAAAGAGCCGGUUGGCAUCCUGACCUCCAACCACCGUAACACCUGGGGCAAGGCCUACAACAACCUUAUCAAGGACAAGACAAAUAAGGAGUCAGUGAGGGCAAUCCAGAAGAGCAUCUUCACAGUGUGUCUUGAUGCUCCAAUGCCACGCGUGUCAGAUGAGAUGUACCAUAACAAGGUGGCCGCUCAAAUGCUCCAUGGUGGAGGCAGUCGCUGGAACAGUGGGAACCGCUGGUUUGACAAAACACUGCAGUUCAUUGUUGGAGAGGACGGAUCGUGUGGACUCACCUAUGAACAUGCUCCGGCUGAGGGACCUCCCAUUGUUUUCCUGGUGGACCAUGUUGUUGACUAUAUGAAAAGAACUGAGAUGGUACGAACUCCCAUGAUUCCACUUCCUAUGCCACAAAAACUUCGAUUCAACAUCCCACCAGAAAUCAAGAAGGACAUUGAGAAAGCCAAACAAAACAUGAACAUAAUGGCGCAUGAACUGGACGUUCGAGUGCUCAACUUCACACACUAUGGAAGAAAAUUCCCAAAGUCUCAUAAAAUGAGUCCCGACGCAUUCAUCCAAAUGGCUCUGCAGUUGGCAUACUAUAGGAUGUAUCAGACCUGCUGUCCGACCUACGAAAGCGCCUCCUUACGCAUGUUUAGACUGGGCAGAACUGAAGCCGUUCGAUCCACCACCACAGAAUCGCUCCAGUUCACAAAAGCCAUGGAUGAUCCAUCAAAACAUAAUAGUGAGAAAGCAGCACUGCUCGAAAAGGCCAUCAAAGUCCACAGAGAGCACACACACAUGGCCAUCCAUGGGCAGGGUAUAGAGAGGCACAUGCUGGGUCUAAAGAUGAUGGCCAUUGAGGAUCUGACAUCUUUACCUGAGAUCUUCAUGGACACGUCAUUCGCUGUAGCUGCACAUUUUAAUCUCUACACAAGUCAGGUUGGAUCAAAGACAGACUGCGUUAUGUGUUUCGGACCCAUGGUUCCUGAUGGUUACGGUAUCUGCUACAACCCCAUGGAUGACCAUAUCAACUUUGCUGUUACUGCCUUCAACAGCUGCGAGGAAACAAACGCCAUGAAACUGUCACAGUUCCUAGAAGACUCGCUUCUGGACAUGAAGACUCUUCUGGAGCAGGUGUCUAAGACCCAGUGAGUGACGACACUUCAUUAUUGGCAAAAGAAACUCUCACAGAAGCCCUGAAACACUUUCAGACUGGAGGCUUUCAGUGGCAUUAACCUGACAUAUUGGUAAUAUUGGUUCAGAUUGGUAUUCCAUAUCUUAAAGGUGACGUGUGUGAUUCUUUUCAUUAUGCAGAGACUAUAAGCAACUAAGAACACCAUUCUUAGGUUGAUUCCCUUAAAGUGUAAACAUUGUGACUAUGUGGUGCUUUAAAACUUUGAUUUGUUUGUUUGAGCAACCUGACAAGCCUGACACAGUGACAGUGACCCAGUAGUGCGAGUUUGAGGCUUAACUAUCUCCAACCGCUGGACAUCAGAAAACCAGUUUGAAAACAGUCAUUAUUUUCGUAGGGUAUUUAGUGAUUAUGGACUAAGAGGCUGCUACAAACAUAAACAAGGAUAGCCAGAAACACAAACUCAUUCUGUUUUUAUUUCAGUUUCAACUGUAAAAAUGGUAAGUGUGAGAAGGCUCUUGAUAUUAUUCAGUGUCAUAUCAUGUUAAACUGAAGUAUACUUUACUAGUUUUUACACGUAUGCUAGGGUAUGUGUACAAUGACACGAUUUUUGGCUUCAGUGCACUAAUUACUUUGCCACUAGGUGGCAACACUGGC